AUUUAGAUAGUUAUACGAGCAUUAAUCAGCAAAGCACAUGGUGUAUGGGUUUGUGUAUUGUCUGCUUAAGUUUUAUUAUUUAGUUAAAUAAAAUAAUUUAAACGCGAUUUUUAAUUACAAUGACGACUGUAUCUGAAUCUGAUUCGGAAGUUAAUUCUUCGGACGAAGAAUUACAAGAAGCCUUUGCAUCGGGUUUAUUAAAACCUGGCCUCAAUGCUGUUAUUGAGACAAAUAAGAAGGUUCACAAGAAUAAUAUUGGUUUAAUGAAAGCAAAAUUAGAAGAAAUAAAGUUAACUUUGCCAUGGGUAGAACGGUUGGAUAUGGUCAAUACUUUGGCACCAUUAGCGCCAGAGUUAGCGCUUCAAAUGCAAGACCAAGAAGUAAGACGCGCUAAACAAUUACAAGGAAACAAAAAAUUACCUCAAUUCGAUCCGUCAGAAGAUCCGGUUUUAAAUGAUUUUCGUAGAGAAACAAUGUUUCAUCGGCAAGCACAAGGCGCUGUUGUUGAUGGCAUUGCAAGGUUAAAAAAACUCGGUGUCCCGGUUACAAGACCGGAUGAUUAUUUUGCUGAAAUGGCUAAAACUGACAAACAAAUGCAAAGAAUUAAAGAAAAUUUAAUGAAAAAGCAAUUAGUUGCACAGAGAUCAGAAAAAGUAAGGCAGUUGAGACAACAAAGGAAGAUUAGCAAACAGAUGCAAGUUGAAUCAACUUUGAAAAAACAUGCAGAAAAGAGAAAAAUGUUAGAGGAAGUGAAAAAGUAUCGUAAAGGUAUAAGACAAGAUUUAGACUUUUUAGAUGAUAAGAAGAGAUCACUAAGUAAGUCAGGUAAUAGAAAGCUAGAUCCAAAAGUUCAAGCUAAGAUUAAGAUGAAGAAUUCAAAGUAUGGUUACGGUGGUAAAAAGCGUGAUAGUAAAAGAAAUACCAAAUCUAGUUCAGCUGAUGUUUCUGAAUACCGAAAACCUCAAAGACCAACUCAGGGACGUAAGGGUAAAGGUGGAAAGACAAAACAGCAAAGGCCUGGCAAGAAUCGUAGAAUACAGAUGAAAGCUAGGAAAAAAUGAAAUUGUUUAAAUAUUAAGUAUUCCUAUUUUUAAAAAGAAUGACGUAUAAUACGUAAAAUAAUAAACAAAAUUUGUUAUUUCUAAAUAAAUAUGUAUAUACAUGAUAACUAAAUUCUUGGUAUAAGAUAAAUAACCAAAUAAUCCUGAGCUUUUUACUUUUGUGUCGGUCGUUUGUAAUCAAUCAGUCGAAUAAAUAUUUUUCGUUUAUCAAUUAUUACUGUUGCUAUAAUCAAGUAACUAGUAAAUAUCGAUUUUGAACAACUGAUUGUAGCAGUUCUUUUAUUUUAAAUAAUUCUUUGGUUCUAGUGACUUUCUUAUUAUUUCUAUAUGUAUACAUUUUAAUGUCGAAUAAAUUUUAACCAAUUACAUAACUCGAAUGGUACUCAUAACCAAUGGCUACUUUUAAGCGAUUAGUAUAGAUAUUAAUUAUAAAUAAUUAAUAACAUCUUUUUAUUUAAAAAAAUGAAUUAACAUUAUUGUUCUUAUUGAAGUUAAAACUUGAUCUGGAUCGAGCGUUCUACGUGUGUGUCUGUAUGUUUGGAUGUUUGUACGAGAUUAGUAUUUAUUCUCUUGUUCUUUCUUUUCUUUAUGUAAGCGAUAAUAUUCAUGUCUUCAGUUAUUUAGAGAAUAUCGAAGUGUUGUUAUUCCCGACUUCUUUACUGUUUAAACCGUUGCUAAGCACGCCUGUUGCUAUGCUCGUCUGUUAGCAUUUUAUUUUACAUUUUUAGGAAAUAUCGAAGCGAUAAUAUUCAUGUCUUUUAUUAUUCGGAUCUUUCCACUUUUCAAACCGUUGCUAAGUAUGCCUUGGUCGGUUUAGCAAAGAAAAUCAUCCUAUUCUUCCACUAGACAGUAGAUAAAAACGAUAGAGUAGACAAAGGCUGAGAAAAAAGGCUAAGUACCAUUAUUUUUUAUAUUUAUCAUUAACAAGGCUUCGUCGUUGAUUUGUAUACAGGGAAAACCUGCAUAAGGUAAGUCACGCGUCCAAUAUUUGGUUGGACACCAGUAAUUUAGGGUUUGUUAGGCCGUGAAGCUUUUCUUUUAGUUAAGGAGUGCAUGGCAAGUGCAUUUAGUAUAGUGAAUUCUAUCGUUAACGGCCAUACCGUGCUGAAAAUACAAGUUCUCGUAUAAAGGAUGGAUCCAGAUUGGACAAUAUAAU